AUGAGGAUAAAGUCAUUCGUGACUUCUCUUCUAAGUGAAUAUGAUCACAUUGUCACCACGAUACUUCAUGGAAAGGAUAAGAUUACCUUUGAUGAAGUAUGUGCUGCUUUAUACAAUAAUGAGAUCUGGAAGAAGGACCAGAAGGAACAUAAAAGUACUUCAGCAGCCAAGUAUGAAGAUGAUGAGUCAGAAUUUGUGUUGAUUAGCACGUUGUCAAAAUCUCAGUAUGACGAGUGGAUUAUGGAUUCGGGUUGUACUUAUCACAUGUGUUCCAACAAGGAGUGGUUCUUCAAUUUUGAGGAGCUAAAUGAAGGUGUUGUUAACAUAGGCACUAAUGACGCCUUGCAAUCAACUGGGAUAGGUUCAAUCCACUUGAAGUGCCAUGAUGGAUCAACGAAGGUUCUGACUGAUGUUCGGUAUGUACCACACUUGAAGAAGAAUCACAUCUUUUUGGGAGUCUUGGGAUCUAAAGGCUUCACUGUGACUAUGCGAGAUGGAAUUCUUAAAGUUGUUUCUAGCACACUGGUGGUAAUGAAAGGCAUUAGGAAGAAUAACUUGCACUAUUUCUAA